AGGGUACAUAUAACACCAAAUAUUCUCCCUGGCAGUCCUUCUUUCAAGUAUGUUUGUAUAUAACCAGAUGGAAGGUAUCGAUGAAGCUGCGCUUGACCGCCUCUCUCUUGUCACUGAAAUGACUAGGCAUAUUCGUGUUAGAGCCUCUGGAGGAAAGGCCAGUGCUUCUAAACUUGGGAAGUUCUCCCUAGUCUUCGUUUGGUUGCCUAGGGAUUUUUAUUUGGAUUGGGUCGAGGACAACCACAAAAUAACUCCGCGGGACUACCUUCAACUUGCAUUGAGGCCAGCUCAAGGUGGUGGGAAACAUGUUGCUGCUAAAAAUGAGGACUCUGUCUUUUCUCAAUAUCAAUUCCACAUGUUACAUUAUCUGUUUGCCCAUACGCAGAACUUCACACUAUUUACGCCCAGCAACGAUGGAGCUUAGUCUUGAAAUAGUAAGUUCCUUCAUAGCCACAAUAAUGCUCAUCAUUUGAUAAUUCAUGUUUUACCAAAUGAAACAUGUCACAUUACAUUCAUUGAGAUGUCGUUGGCCUCUUCAAAUGUCUAUGUGCCACAAUUCAAACUUCCAACAUCUAACUUCUUAAAAUGUUGUGAUCUUCACUUCUUCAUUAAGGUUGGGAUAUGGGUCUAGAGUGAAUAUAUUCGUUCAGGAAUUGUGUUCAUUGUUACUGCUCUAUGUCAGAGAGUAAAUUUUAUAGCACAUUUAUUGAUAUGUAUUUUAUAUAUUUAUAUGUUUGAUUCAUGGUAUGAUGUUAUGCGCUUAUUAUAAUAAUAAAAAAUCCUUAUAAGGCAACUAUUGCACAUAGACUAUAAAUUAU